CUUACUGGUAGCACAGUGACGCGAAAGUACGCGUCACUACAGCCCUCCGGUCAUCCAUUGCACCACCGCGCCGAAGCGCAUUAUCCACUGUCAUCAGCUGCUCAUCGAGUCACAUUUUCGCUCCGAGUCAACCGUCUGCAGCUAUGUACGCGGGAGAGGAUGACAACAAGCAGAUUGUUUCUUCAAAGCGUGUUCCUCCCCCGAAUGAGGUCGAGAACAACGCCAUCGCAAUAAUCGCUUCCAACAAAGCUCAACCGAGGCCGCUAGGGCCAGCGUGUUGUUACGUGAACGACAAGGAGCGUCGUGUCUUACUCCCUCGGUACCUGUAUGCCAAAGACAUCUAUGGUCGAUACCUGCGCGUUCAAAAAGCUGCCACCCGCUGGGAACUCCUGACAAUCGCGGCUACGGAACCGAAUGCCGACUGCAUCUUCGAAUCGACACGUCGUGACGAUGGCAAAUACAACUUCAAAGGGAACAACGGCCAUUAUUUCAACCAUUACUCUUUUUUUAGCGAAGACCCUGACAUUCUCACUUGCGACUCGACGGAUUCGCACGGUGUGCCCAUGAGAGUGGUGCAUGAGUCCGGCGAUCAAGUACUACUGGAGCACAAACAGUGUUGGUCCUCUGCAGACAAGCACACCAGGGGCGGUGUGUGCCUCUACCCGUUCAUCCAAUCGAACUCGCGCUACAACAUCGUCGCGGCGGCCGUACGCAAGACGUCGAUCCUUGACAUCGAGUAUAACAUCGCCAACGCCACCGUCACCAACGUGCCCACGGUCAUUCUCGACACUGUCUUGGAAAACGACACCGACGCGCCCGUGUCUAGGACUGUUCCGUUUUCUUACAACCGGAUGGUCGAGGGCACUUGGAAUGACGACCGAGGCAUCAUGGUCGGGUUGGGCGUGACGUUUGUCAUAGGUGUUCCGUACGUGGAGAACGAGAAGCUGGACAUAGCGGUCAGUCCUGCAACGCAGGCGCAUGUUUGGGCGGGCACGGAAGGUGUCUCGGCAACGGUGGGCGAUGAAAUAACAGUCGUUGUUCCUCCCAGGAAGAAAGGGAUCGUCGAGGUCGUGCUUCGCAAUGCUCGCAUCAAGGUUCCGUUCAAAUACAAGUACAAGUCGGAAUUCCUCGAUGAUCGGAUUCAAUUGGAGGAAAGGACCGGAAUUUACAAGAACGUGGAUAUUUACGGGAUUGAAGUGAAGAUGAGCAAUUGGGAAGACUUAUAGAUGUGACAACAGGAUGUAGAGUGUGGAGGGAAGACGCGCGAGAAUUCUUUGCGUGUAAAUCAGGCAUUCAACUGCCUAGAGUUCUUGUCUAUCAUGAUAUUCGUGUUCUUGUACUCUUCACGUGGUCGUUUGGGCAUUCAACGUUCUAUUGCCGGUGCUUCCUAUUUCCAUCUCGUACA